GCGCAGUUUCUAACGUACUUCUGAGGAGACUGAAGUUGCGAAGUGAAGAGAUGUCGGCGACAGUCGCGGCUCCAGUCUGCGAAGCCGGACUGCAGAAGAGAGACCCGCUUUUGGAGACCGUUUCUUAACCGCCCGAAGAAGAUAAAUAAACAGGAAUGGUUCACGGCGAACGCGCGUGAGGUACAGAACGCCGAAAUGCUGAGGUUAACUCCGACUAACGGACGCUGCUGCUGCUGUUUGGACCUCGUCCUGGUUCUCCUCCUCAGCACCGGAUGUGCCAGCGGCCGAGGAACUACAGGGGAUGCGGCUCCUGAUUCACCCUCGGUGGGCGGGACUUUACCUCACUUCCUGCAGGAGCCAGAGGAUGCCUACAUCAUAAAGAGCAACCCAAUCAGAUUGCGGUGCCGCGCUGCUCCCGCCCUCCAGAUAUUCUUCAAGUGCAAUGGGGAAUGGGUCCAUCAGAACCAGCACAUGUCCCAGGAGUACAUGGACCAAGACACUGGCCUGAAGGUGCGGGAGGUGAUGAUAAACGUAUCUCGGCAGCAGGUGGAGGACUUCCACGGUCCCGAGGAUUACUGGUGCCUGUGCGUGGCCUGGAGUCACCUGGGCACCUCCAAGAGUCGCAAAGCCACAGUGCGCAUUGCCUACCUCCGCAAGAACUUUGAGCAGGACCCCCAGGGGAAGGAAGUGCCAAUCAAGGGGAUGAUCGUACUGCACUGCCGGCCCCCGGAGGGCGUCCCCGCCGCAGAGGUGGAAUGGUUGAAGAAUGAAGAGCUGGUGAGCUCGCUGGGCGAUGACAACAUUGACACCCGAGCUGACCACAAUCUAAUCAUUAAUGAAGCCCGGCUGUCCGACUCGGCCAACUACACCUGUCUGGCCAGCAACAUUGUGGCCAAGAGACGCAGUGCCACCGCAACCGUGGUCGUCUUCGUGAAUGGAGGCUGGUCUCUGUGGACUGAUUGGUCCCCUUGCAGCGUGGACUGCGGCAGGGGGGUACAGAAGCGCUCUCGGACCUGCACUAACCCGGCUCCCCUGAACGGAGGGGCGUUCUGUGAGGGGAUGUCCGUGCAGAAGAGCACCUGCAACGCCCUGUGUCCGGUGGACGGCGGCUGGGAGGAGUGGAGCGAGUGGACCUUGUGUAGCGCUCAGUGUGAGAGGCAGCGAUGGAGGGAGUGUAAUGCCCCGGCCCCUCGCCACCGGGGCAAGAUGUGCGAGGGCGAAAGUCAUGCCAUGGAGAACUGCACCGGUGGCAUGUGCACUCAGAAUGGGAAGAUGCUGCAUGAUGUUAAGCCUCAGAGUGACACCGAAAGCUCUAACGAUGUGGCGCUGUACUCCGGCCUGGCCGCAGGGGUCAUCGCCGUAGCGGUUCUCAUCAUAUCUGUCACGCUGUACCGCAGGAGCCAGAGCGAGUACGGAGUGGACGUCAUCGACUCGUCUGCCCUUGCUGGUGGCUUCCAGACCUUCAACUUCAAAACCGCCAGACAAGGCAACCCUCUGCUUCUGAAUUCCUCCAUGCAGCCCGAGCUAACGGCGGGCCAGACCUACAGUGGCCCCAUCUGCUUCCAGGACACCCUAGACAAAGAGCUCUUUGACCCCCUGCCCGACAUGAUGGUCAAAGUUCAGAGCUCCUUUAUGGUUUCACUAGGUGUGGCGGACCGGGCCGAGUACCACGUCAAGGCGCACACGGAGGGCUACAGUGCUACCCAGGGACGCAAGCCCAACCUACUGGCUCCCAACGGGCCUCUUGGCCCCUGCAAAGCUCAGCUGAGGAGCAGCGGGGUGUUCGGGCACCUGGGCGGACGCUUGGUCAUGCCCAACACAGGAGUCAGCCUGUUGGUGUCCCAUGGGGCGAUCGCUGAGGACACUUCCUGGGAAAUGUACAUGCUCAUAAAUCAAGGACAGUCCAGUGCCCCCUCAGAAGAGAGGUGUGAGAUCCUGCUGGGUCCGGAGGUCACAUACGGCCCCCCGGGGCUCAGCCUGUCCUCUCCUGUUGCCAUGACGAUAGCCCACUGCGCCGAGGUCAGUGCAGAAAACUGGAACAUUCAGCUCAAGAGACAGACCAAGGACAACAAGUGGGAGGAAGUGAUGUCAGUGGAGGAUGAGUCGACUUCCUGCUACUGCCUGCUGGACCCUAAGAGCUGCCACUUGCUGCUGGACGAGCCAGGCUCCUACGCCCUGGUGGGGGAGCCGCUGAACGAGCAUGCUGGGAAAAGGCUGAAGGUGGCCGUGUUCGGCAGCUUGGAGGCCUCUUCCCUGAACUACAGCCUACGAGUGUACUGCGUAGACGACACGCCUCAUGCCUUUCAGGGAGUGGUGUCUGCAGAGAGCAGCAGAGGAGGUCUGCUCCUGGAGGAACCCAAGACUCUGCUGUUUAAAGGGAACACCUACAGUCUACAAGUCUCCAUCCAGGACCUGCCCCAAUUCCUGUGGAGCAUCAAACCCUUUACCACCUGCCAGGAGUUUUCAUUCUGUCAGGUGUGGAGCAGCAACCAGCAGCCUUUGCACUGUGCCUUUUCUCUGGAGAGGUUCACCACUGCCACCACGCAGCUCUCCUGCAAGAUCAGCGUGCGCCAGGUCAAAGGUCAUGAGCAGAUCCUGCAGGUCUACACCUCCGUGGCAGAGAGGGAGAAGGAGACGCUUCCCUUCUUCAUGCAGGCGGAUUGCACGGUCACCUCGCAAACGGGUGCAAAAGCCUUCAAAAUCCCCCUGUCCAUUCGGCAGCGGAUCUGCGCCACCUUCGACACUGCCAACGCCAAAGGCAAGGACUGGCAGCUCCUCGCCCAGAAACUCCACAUUCAGAGAAACCUGUCAUACUUUGCCAAGCAGCGCAGCCCGUCUGGGGUCAUCCUCAGCCUGUGGGAGGCCCAGCACCAGGCCGGCGGCGACCUGGACUCACUGGCCAGCGCUCUGGAGGAAAUCAGCAAGAUCCACUCCAAAAGCUCGGCCCAUAGCCCCAGCGAGACGGAACCGGACUUCAACCAGUGACCCUCGUGGAUGCAAACCCAAUCACUGCACGGGUCAGCUGACGCCAAGAGUGUUUGACUCCUGCACGUCCAGCUCAGAGAGAGAGAG